AGCGUUCAAUCUGGUUAUUCAAAACUGCGCACGGCGGCGUAUAUUUAGACGCACACGGAGAUGGAGAACGGCAGCCACACCGGCCACCUGGAGGUCAUUUUAACGUCCCUGUUAACAGUUGGGACUGGCAUUGCGACUCUAGCACUGGUCGCCUUCCUGUGGUCGCGCUAUCGCUGUAAGAACACCGGCCGCAUUCCGCUGCCUCCUGGACCAAGGGGAGUGCCUUUGCUUGGCUAUCUACCAUUUCUCAGAGGACAGCAGCACAAAGCUUUCAGGGAUAUUGCAGACAAGUAUGGUCCUGUCUUCAGGAUAAAGCUGGGAGCCAUGAAUGUCGUUGUACUAAACGACUUCGAAAGCAUCUCGGAAGGCUAUUCCAAACUCUUGGGGCGACCGAAAGCAUUGUUCCUGGAUCACGCAGGUCUCAAAGGUUUGGCAAAUCUCAAUGGGCGGCCCUGGGUCGAGAACCGAAGGUUCUGCGUUCGUUCCAUUACCUCAGGGUCGUACGGUGGAAAGACAAUGGAUCAGCAGAUUGCGGUAAGAGUUCGAGACGAGGCCGUCUAUUUGGCGAGAAAGAUAUCCGACACGAAGGGUGCAGCCAUCAACGCUGGUGAGCUCGUCCUGCCAAGCGUGUCCAAUAACGUGACGGCGCUAGUGUUGGGCGCACGAUAUGACUUCGAAGACAAGCGGCGGACCUUCUUGGACGGAUUGCUCGUGAAGGCGAUGCGAUGCUUGGCUGCGGGCGCAGUCGUUACUGUCAUGCCUAUUGGCCUGAGGGCCAUCGCUACACUCUUCUUCACCAAGCUUGGCCAGAUAAGGAGAAUUGCGGAGGACUUGCAAACAUUCUUCAGCCAAGAAGUAGUAUCCGGACAGGCAAGCGGGAGACAAGAGAACAGCAUUAGUUUCAUUGAAGACUACAAGCAGAUGAUCGCUAAUGAAAAGGGCAACGCAAACAGCUGUUUUAAAGAUGAAUUUCUCCUCGGCAACAUUCUGACGCUGUUCGGCGCGGGCUCCCAGACGACCUACCAGACCGUGGUGUGGCACCUACUAAACCUGGCCGACAAGGUGGACACAGUCCAGCGCAGGAUCAGGCAUGAGGUCGAUCUGGUGGUGGGAAGAAACAGACCUCCUCGCUGGGAGGACCGACAUGACAUGCCUUACACCAUGGCUAGCAUCUGGGAACUCUACCGCUGGAGGACGCCAGCGUUGCUUGGAGUACCGAGGCAGGCCGAAGAAGACGUCGUGGUCGGUCAGUACCUGAUCCCGGCUGGAACGGUCGUGAUCUCCAACAUAUGGGCGGCGCACAUGGACCCGGAACGUUGGACUGACCCGGAGCAAUUCAAGCCAGAAAGGUUCCUCACCGAUGAGGGUUCAGUACUAAUAGAAAAGCCACAGAACCUCAUUGCCUUCUCUAUAGGCAAACGAAUGUGCCCCGCGGAACCCUUGGCCAACGCGCAAGUGUUCGUGUACAUUGCGCUGAUGGUCCAGCGCUUCGUCAUUCUGCCAGAGGAGGGAAAAUCUAUAGACCUGAGUUUCGACAGUGACGGCCUCUGCGUCCCCAGACUGCAACACCUGCGCUUCAUGGAGCGAUAGCAAGAGAGCUGGCUCCAAUCUAGUCGCAUAUAUACCCCACUCAGACUUGUGGAAAGCCCAACUCACAUGUUUAUCCAAAGCGCAUAUUUAGAGGAGGUGGUUCUCACCAGAACGACCAUGAGUCUACUUGGUAUUCGGGGGAGAGGUGCCUCACCUCCUCUUCAAAUUUCAAAGGGAUGACUCAUUUUAGGAAGUAGCAACAUACUCCGUCAUUUUCUUGAAGCACUACAGCACUAUAUUACUAUCGCUAGUUGGCGGAAUUAAGUGCGUUUGACGGGGAUUGAACAACUGACACAUUUUCUUUAUUUUCCCCUUUAUUCCUUCGCGCUUAUCGUAGUCGUCUGUCCACCAUGGCUUGCGAAAAUUAGUCUUAUCGGCAGGUGCCAAAUAAAAAGCCAUGGCACGUGUGACACAUUUUUUUCCCCGUAGUUCAUUGCAUGCGACAAACUGAGCAGAUAUUGCUAGCGUAAGCGGCUGGCAACCAAAAAGGGUAACUUUUUCGCAGUGUUCCUAGGUGGGCGCAUGGAAGGUGCCCACGUAAUCUAGUAGACUAGAUUUGCACUGAGUGCGCGUUGAAAUUUAUACCAGCAAGAAAAGUUGAAAAAACUUUCACUAACAGAUAGCAUGUCCUCUGCGUCAGUCUCUGUGUCAAAACACGAAAGCGCCCAUAGUCAUCGUUCACGCCCUGGCGUUAUUAUUUUUCUAUUUCUUUGAUGUCCUGGUGAAUUGAAAAGUUUCUGCGUGCAAUUUACCGAAAGAGCUAUAGAAAUAGAAAGUCAUUUAUUUUGCGCACACGUCAUUUGUGUUUAUAUUGCUUUUUCUUACUCUGCGCCUUGACAGACGACUGACAGCACAAACCUUUGCUUUUUGACGACUCGCAUGUAUUGGUUUCUAAUAAAACGCGCGUUUUCUCAA